AUGAAACGGAGUUUCAUGUAUCGGUCUGACGACCUAUAUGCAGCGUGUCGCACCGAGGAUCCUACCAUCCACGUUCAUGAUGGUGAGGCUAUCAUGAAGGCCGAUGUCGAUGAAGAGGACGCCUUAAACGUCGCCGAUGACGGUGAAGCUAAGCUUGAGUAA